CCAUCGUCAUUUGUCUUUCAAGCUUCAGGUCGUGUGUUCCUGCAUGCAGCCGAGUGGAAACUAACCUUUGUUUCCCCGUCACCUGCUGUCGUGGCAUCCUUUUCUCCUAUUUAAUUGCGCUCGGUCAAGACAUCCAUUUAUGUUCUGUCAUUGAACUGAGUCGCACACUUCAAGCAAACAGUGGCCGUUUGCAGAUCUCCUGGACAAAGAGCUUCCGGCAGAGAUCUUGCACAAAAAGCCCACCAACCCACCAACACUCCUUGUUUUGCGCGAGCGCAUCCUUCAAUUGCGCAUCUCCUACGACCUUCUUUUCGACCUAGUCACCCAUAUUUUCGCUCGUUAUAUCAUUAAACCUCGAUUAGCCAACCUGCGCACUUCAACAGUCUACACAACACAAACACAGUCUCCGCAAUCCUUCGACCAUGGCUCCUCCGACAGGACCAGCGCGAACCACCCGCAGCUCCACGAGAGGCGGUGCUGGUGCCCGUCGUGGCGGUGGCCCUGGCAGGGUUGACCGCGAUGGUGACCUCGUCAUGGAUGCUGCGAUAAAAACAACCAAGUCAGGCGGAGGCAUAGGCAAGAGGUCCGCAAACAACGACAAGAACGCUCCUUCAACAAAGCGCGGACGUCCUGGCCUGCGUAGCGGGCCCCCAGGUCGGUCGGCCAUAGUGGCCGCGCAGGACAAGAUCCUGCGACACAUCAACUCGAAUGGUUCAGAAGUUAGCACACGCCCCAGGCGAUCACACAACACAACAAUACUCAGGGUCGAAGGCCUCAAGCAGAGCAAGGCCUCCAGCAACCAAGAUCAAGGCUUGCGGAACAUUCUUGACUUUCUGGAGCGAAAGGCUCAAAACAUGUGUAAAAGGACUGUAACUGUCAAAAAGUCUCAUCUUGAUAAGAACCUCGUUCUCCAUGUCCUCGCUAGUAAGGAGGACGCUGAAGAGAUAGUAAAACUCAACGGCUGGAUGUUUGCUGGCACCACUCUUGCUAUCACCGAGAGCGAUCAGGGAUGGCCCGGUGACUCGAAGACGCAUAGUGCAUCACAACCGUCAGCGGAAACCUCCGAGCUAAAGGAGAAGUUCAAGGCCAUUCUGAGCAGACGUUAUGAUAUCGAACGGAAGCUGUUAGACCUCUCAGGCUUGGGCCAGGACCCUGUUCUCUCGGAGAUGGCAGCCUUCGCCGACAAGGAACGUGCCGAGAAGACAUUCAUGGCUCUAAUGACCAUAUGCGACGAAGUUUUCUCGGGCGCUGAACAGAAACGCGAGGCUAUUCACAGCGUUUCCCUCGCCAACAACUCGAUCGACCAUGUCAGCCGAGUAUUUACCCUCGCCACUACGUUUCCGGACCUGAAGCACUUGGAUUGCAGUGGAAACCUCUUCAAAGAUAGCAGGUCGCUGUCCAGGUGGAGACACUACUUCAAAGGCCUUGAAACCCUACUGCUCACAGGCAACCCGAUCGAGACAAACGAGCCCAACUACAAGGAGGAGGUGAUGAAGUGGUUUCCCAAGCUUCAGCUCCUCAGCGGCACAACUGUACGAACCCCGGAGCAGGUUGCAGCCGAGGAGGCCGCAAAAGCUGCCAUGCAACCUACACCCAUUCCCCAAGGCGGAGCCGACUUUCGUGAUGCCGGCAACAUUGGAGAACAAUUCCUCCUCCAGUUCCUACCCAUGUUUGACACAGACAGAGCAGGCCUUGCUGCCAUGUUCUAUGACGAAAAAACGAGUUUCUCGCUAUCCGUGGUCAACCAGGCACCGCGAGACGUCGACACUCCUGUCCCAUCAUGGCAACCAUACCUAAAAUACUCCCGCAACCUGGUCAAAAUCACCCACCCCGGACCGCGUAUCCAGCGUCUCCUCAAGGGACGCCAGUUGAUCCAGGAGCUGUGGAAGAACCUACCAGCCACCAAGCAUCCGGAUCUUGUUAGCAGCACCAGCAAAUACCUCGUCGACUGUCAUCCACUUCCUGCACUUGCCGACCCUAGCAGUCAAAGCGCCCAGGGAGUCGAUGGCCUCAUCAUCAACAUACAUGGUGAAUUUGAGGAGAAGGAUCCCAACAGCGAUAAUAUUGGUCAACGGAGCUUCUCCAGGACAUUUGUUCUUGGUCCUGGCGCACCUGGUGGACCGCAGGUUCGCGUUGUGAGCGACAUGCUCUCUCUGCGGGCAUACAACCCUAUUCCGCCACCUCAGGGAGCACCAACAAGCAAUGUUGCCCCUGAGAACCCUGAAUUACAGAAGCAACAGCUCGUGGCUGAGCUUUCUAGGCGCACAAACAUGACACCCGAAUAUUCAGAAAUGUGCCUGACCCAGGUCAAUUGGGACCUGGAAGCUGCGAUGGUAAAGUUUCGGGAAACAACGCUCGGACCCGAAGCUUUCAUCAACGGUGUGCCAGCUAUACAGGCUUGAAGUCGUAUCUAUUCAAAGAAGGAUCAUGAGGUGAAUCAGUCACCCGUCUCAUGAUUGUGAUGAUGGAAAUUUGGAGAGCAUGGAUAGAUGUGAUACGUCGAUUUUUAUUUUUUUUUUCUGUCUGUUUUAUCAUCCAAGAAAAAAUAAGGAACUGGAGUAUACCCAAGAGCGAAUUUUGUAUGGCUGGACCUCCAUGGAAACGGCGGUUGAAGCCCCUAGCGUAUGGGACCUGAGCGACGAUAAGUGGUGGACAUGGAUUCUUUUCUUCUACUCUUUUUUUUCUUAGUACACUCUCCGGGAUUCUUGAUUUGUUAUAGCAUUAUCAGGGGGGGCAUGGCGUUGUCGGCGCUUGCACUAAGGCGGCUAAAAGGGGAGGGACUUUUUAUUUCCCUCCACACUGUCUUUGGCUUACAGUGAACUGGUCGGGCUUUGUGUUUCUUUUCUUCUCAUGGCCCAAAGUAUGGUGGGAUGCGAAUGAAUAAACAAACGUUCGUACCCAAUCCCCAGAUUGAUGCGAGACUCUAGGAUGUCCUGCCGUAACUAAGCCGUUGAAUAAUCAUUGGUGACGGAUCAUGAGCAAAGCGAACAAACAAAGGAAACAAAC